AGCGCGGGAUGGAGCAGGGAGCCUAAAAAACUUCAUUCUGCAGGGGGACCUCUAGUGUUUUCCUUUCUCCAUGUCCUGGCAGAGUUCCUCCAAAGUACAAAUACACACAGAGCUCCCAUUGUUUGCAGCCCUUCACAAGCCCACUGAUCCUAAUAUGGAAUUCAGCAGGAAACCCAUGAUUUCCUGACACACAGCAAGCUGGAGAAAGAAAGGAAAAACUCCAUUAAAAACCUCCAGACUCUCCUCCAUGUUAGAAAUGAAAUGGAAAAUGGAGUGGAUUUAACAGGAGUCCCCGAUUCCUGCGGCCAGGCUGGAGGAAGGGAGACGCGGAUCGAAGCCGCAGGCUGCUGAUAUUUUUGAAGUCGCAAUAAAGACUGAGAACGGUCGGGCAGGAUGAGGAUUUCCUGACUGGGACAAACGAAAAAGGACAGAUCACUUUUUAUUUUACGAUAUUCCUCUCCAUGUGUUUAAUUUAUUCACCUCGAUGAUCCUCUUGACUGAUCUGGUAACUGUUAGAAGCGGCUGUGACAGCCUGGAAACAUUAGUAUGAUUUCCUGAGUUUGAGAUUUGCUGCUCCCCCCCACCCCCCUCCUUCUCCAAACUCAGGAAAAGUCAAUACAAUCGCACUUCAUUUUUCCUUCAUGUGCACUUGGAAGUCCUGGGAGCAGCAAGAGCAGCGGCAGCAGCAGCAAGAAUGAACUGCAAGGAGGAAAAUGACAACUGCACUGACGGCAGCAGGAGUAACACCAAGAAGAUGCUAAAAUGCGUGGUGGUUGGGGAUGGUGCAGUUGGGAAAACCUGUUUGCUGAUGAGCUACGCCAAUGAUGCCUUCCCAGAGGAGUAUGUCCCCACUGUGUUUGACCACUAUGCAGUAACCGUGACUGUGGGAGGACAACAACAUUUGCUGGGGCUUUAUGACACGGCAGGGCAGGAGGACUACAAUCAGCUGAGACCCUUGUCCUACCCCAACACAGACGUGUUCCUGAUCUGCUUCUCAGUGGUGAAUCCUGCCUCCUACCACAACGUGCAGGAGGAGUGGGUGCCUGAGCUGAAAGUCUGCAUGCCCAACGUGCCUUAUGUCCUCAUAGGAACACAGAUUGAUCUCCGGGAUGAUCCCAAGACUUUGGCGCGGCUGCUUUACAUGAAGGAGAAACCACUCACCUAUGAGCACGGAGUCAAGCUGGCAAAGGAGAUCGGAGCCCAGUGCUAUCUGGAGUGCUCAGCACUCACACAGAAAGGCCUUAAGACUGUCUUUGAUGAGGCAAUCAUGACCAUUUUCCACCCCAAGAAGAAGAAGAAGCACUGUGCAAAGUGCCACAGAUGCUGCACCCUUGUGUGACAUCCCCUGGGAAGCAGAGCGAGCUGAGUUCAGUGAAACCAAGCAGGUUAGAAAGGCAAUGAAGGUCACAUGCAACUGAAAGGGGGAACAUGAUGAGAAAAGGGUCCUUCUUACCCAAAUAUAGGAGCUCUCCGUUCUGUGAAACCUCCAAGCUGUAUCACCCUUGGCCAACUCCUGUCUCUGUGCUUUCCUAACCCUCCAGAGCUGUUUUGUAGCCUGUUCCCACUGCUGCAGACUGCACCAACAGAAGCCAGGAGGCCUGCUCCUGCUUGGCUCCCCGCCUUAGGAAUAAGGUGAAGGUGGCAUGUGACAAAACAAAGAACUAAAGAUGGACAAAGACACAGGAGAAACUCAAUUUGUGGCCUUAAGUAAAAAUUGAUCAAAAUUAGGAAUUCGCAGUCCUUAGGAAUUGAAUCUGAAUUGACUGAAAGCACAUGGAGAUCUGUAGAAAUCUAAUAUGUAAGAUAUACACUAUAGGUAGGAUGUACUUUUAAAUUGCUUUUCUUUUAUAAGACUUGCUAGUUCAGGAGAUACUUAAGUUUGUUCAAACCACGUGGAAGCAAAGGUGAAGUGAUUCCAGUUUGUUUUCACUUAAUGGUGAAACUUCACAGCGUCAGGAUGUUGCUGCACCCAAGCUAUCAUUAUGGAUCAACAUUUACCUCCAGACUUAAGGAAUGUUCUUACAACAAAAAAAAUGCAAAUAACUGUAUUUUUACAGAGGAAUGUUCAGGCUGAGCCAUGUUUCCAAAAGCUGGGAAAGGAAGUACAGAGUUGUAGCAUUAAUGUACUGAAACAAAGAAACUCUGGCACCAAAGAGUAUUGCCCUAGACAUGAAAUAGCAGCACAGAACAAUCCCUCUUCCAGCUGAGAACAAGAAUGAGACACAUUGUCAUGGCAACUGAGAAUUUACCUUAUAGAUCAGCUGGAUUUCUACAUCUCACCCAACAGCCAAGAAUAGAAAAAAAAAAUAAUAAAACCAAAGGUCAUACUGACUUUAAGUUCUUUGAGGUGAUCCAAUUGCCUUAAAAUUAUCCUUUUCUUAUGAAGUAUUUCUGUAAAAAACCUCAUCAAAGUGGAGUUGUGAACUUGUUGACUUAUUGCAGCCUCCCUCCUCCCAUUCAUUGCUUCUCUCUCUGCUCCCAUUUUUCCAUCUUCACGAGAGUGCUGUUGGAGUUGCAGCGUGGCUGCAGUCCUCAGGAGUGGACUUUUCCACAAGUGGCAGAUGAUGGACGGCAGCCAACAGCAUGGAGAUGGGAAUUCCAGCCCCUAAGGGAAGGGAAGCUGCCUGUGAGCUCCCUUUUCUGCUGGAGAAAUUGUGCCUUUUCACUAAAGCCUCUCCCAGGAUCCUACAAUUUUGCACAUCGCAGCAACACAGACACUCAGAGGUGAACUCGAAGGGCAUCUUGUUACUUGCAGCUGCCUUUGGGUACCCUGGCAGUGCCAUGAGACUGUCUUGUUAUGGAUUUCAUUCCCCAAGCAGGAAGCCACAGUGCCAGCACACAGAGGUUUGAAGAUGUAACUCCUUGCAAAAGCCGUGUCUGUAGCCAGCGUGUCCAGAAGUGCCAGGAGGGAGCAAGUUACAGCAGUGUAUCCUCCCAGCCCAGGGACAUGGGCCCUGCUGCCCUCUGCACCCCAUUCCAAGAGACUGGCAGCCCUCUCCUCUUGGGAAGCACAGUGUCCUGACUGACAACACACCUGUCACCAGACAAACCAGGGAACUCCAGACCUGGUGUUGCCUGGAGCAAGGAGUGACCGCAGCAGGACAAUGGGAACGGCACCCAAGGCACAUGGAAGGGACCAAGCUUGGUGCAGUGCCCAGUCCUGCAUCAGGACCAGGCUUAUGGAUCUGAGCUCUUCCUUUAGCACAAAUUCAAUUUCAUACAAUUGUAGAAUGGUUUCGGUUGGAAGGGACCUCAAAGAUCAUCUAAUUCCAACCCCCCAUUUAGCAUGGACACCUACAGAAACCAGCUCUGACACUCCAAAACAUUUCCAGGUAGAAAUCAACAGUUCUCUCUGACAACAGCCAUCAGACUCCAAGCAAAUGCUUUGCUGUUGUUACCCUGUGGCUUCCACUCACCAUCCCUUCCUUGCUGCACACCUACAUGGAUGAAAACACAGUAGUGCCACACCUGAGACAGACAAAAGAAAGUUCUCCUAACUGCUGGCAACUUUUUGUGCAUAUUUUCUGUUUGAUUUUAUUAUGUCCCAGGCAUUUACUUCAGAUGGCCUGGCUGCUAAAGCCCAGCUCAGACUGAGGAGCAGGGGUCCAUUCCAUGCUUCAGAGUUUGUGUCCAUCCCCAGGCAGAGCAGUGAGUGUUCACCUCACCAGGACACUGCCUAUCAGCUGAACUAGAACAUGUAAAAGAUAUUAGAGGAGUAUGAGGAGAACUAGGCAUGGAUUAAAUAAUAUUUAGGCUUACAACAUGACUAGAAGUCCUCUGAAACAGCAACAACAAAAAAAAAAAGCCUUUAACAGACUUCAGGGAAAAUUAUAUCUGCACUGUGCUGCCUUUUACUUCAGUGGAAAUUAAUUAGGAUGAUUGUUUUAGCUCACGUAGGUUGCUGGAGAGCGAUGUAUGACUUCACCACUUCUCUGGUGGAAGUAGGUGAAGUCUGGUUUAGCUGAAGCACAAUGCAAAUGCUCAGGUUGGAGCUCCCUGGUAUUCUUAGAGCUUCAAAGAAAGUGACAGGUGAGCUCAUCCUAACAUAAUGAGAACACUGGAAAAGUGAGGUGUAGCACCCUGGCAUGCAUCAGGGAAAGCCACAAAUAAUCAAAUCACAUUUUUGUGCGCCACUGAGUACCAGGGGUGGUUAUUAAUCUUAAUGGAAUAGCAUAGGAUUGGCAAUAAAAUCAAAAAUCAAGUGGGAAGUUGUAGCCUUAAUGUAGCUACAGUGGUUUGAGGGAAAUUAACUGCAAAGCAAGUGGUGAUGGAGAAGCUAAAAUGCUGCUGCCCUAAUGUGUUAAACUGCAGGACCCUGAACAAAUCCUUGCAUAGAUGAAGCAGAUAGAAAAGUGUUGAUAUAGAUACAAGAAAUGUUAAGGAUAAGCAGGGGUUUCUUUGCACUUACAAAAUUAAGCACAUCAAGCUUGUGAGGCAGUAAAAUUUCAAGUUUUUCAAACUGAUUUUGACCAAAAUUUGAAUUCUGGGAGCUGCAAGAGAAGGAGAUUGGUCACAAUCCACUGAGAAAUGGCCUUUGCAACUCCAUUUAUUUUAAUUUUUCUUCCAGAAAAAAAAAAAAUUAAUAAGCCAUGUUUAAUGCAGGUCCCAUAAACAUUAUUCCUGUGUUAGGUUAUGUACACACACCUGUCCAUGAAAUGUGGCACUUACUCAAGGAUCUGCCCUGUUACACUAUUAUUUUGGGGAGGCAGGGACAGCACAGGCCAACAGGCUCUAGAAAGGGAUUGUAGGCAGAUGCAAGGAGAGUCAUUGACUAUCUGGCAAGUCAUACCUAAUGCCUUUUUUAAAAGCAGCAGAUGGUGUGUGAACAGGCAGCAAAGCUUAUUUCCAGCAAAACCACAACACCAGACAUGGUGCAAGUACAGGCAUAAGGCCACAGAUAUAAACUUCAAGUUAUUUUCAAGAACUGUUAAUAAUAAGGAAAGAAAAUCAAUAAAGGACUGCCAGGUGAAAGGAGAUAGGUUUACUCACUGUGAGAGGAGCUAGAAAUCAGAUCCCAAUUUCACCUUAAAAGGAAAACUGUCAAGAAGAGUCACAAAGGUUAGAAACCAUCCCUGGAACUUAUUUGACAAUGUCCGCUUAAUGCAGCUGAUGUCAAAGUCUUUCCUGACAGACCUGCCUUUGCUAAUAGUCUGCUGUCAUUUCAAAAGCACUCACAACUUACAGGAAGCUUGUUGGAUCCAAAAAAACCCAUCUCCUUUGGCCUCUUCCAAAACCUUCAUGUUCUACCAGGAGUUCUUAACCUGAAUCUGCAGUUUCAAACAGAGUUCCCAAAGUAUUUUCAUGAGAACUCCUGCAAGAAGAUAUUAGAGGUAUUUGAGAGAGAUCUCCAGUCAUCAGAGAGUUGCUAUCACAUUAAAACAACCUACAGAUGCCUCUGCCCUUCAGAGCCCUGUGUAAACACCAGGACAGUGGAAUGAGGACAGUUCAGCCACUUCCAGCAUGACUUGAAGGAGGUCCCACAAAGACUCCUACAGUUUGUCCUGUGCCUCCCAGAGCUCUGAAAAUUUGGGGAGAAGGCAGAAACAAGGCUCUAAACCCACUCAGGUCCAUCCUCAUUUGUUCAACUGGAUAUAUGCCCUGUGUAGUUACAGAACUCUCCCCAAGUCCAGUAUAACAAUCAAAACUAUCAUUUCAGCAGCUGACAUUGUUAUUUCUCAGCUUUUUUCUCUUUUGAAGCACUGCAUCCAUUCAAAACAGACACAGAAUUAAAUAUAGCCCUGCAUUUUAAUAUGAAAUAAAGUUAUUCCAAAUACUUUUAUUAAAGGGACAGAUUUUGGCAGUCUUCUUCAUACUGAAGAGAAUCUCACUUCACAAGGAACUGUCUCCAACUUGCUCAUGUCUCAUUCAAUCCCACUGGCACCGCUCAGGUCGUGAGGGAAGCUGAAUAUGGCCACUGGUAAUCUGUCCUUGUAGUUUAAUUACAAGGAAACCUCUUCCAGCUGUUCUAGUGUUGGUGGCCUGUGUUCUUUUGAAUACCUUCAGGAAUGGUGACUCAUUCACUUCCCUGGGCAGCCUAUCUCUCCCUUGAAUUCAUAUAUGAAAGAUGCCCAUCUGCUUUCAUACCUUGCUUAGAGCCCGUGACCUUUUCCUGUACCUUUUUUCCCCAGGUGGCCCAGCAAAUACCUCUUGACUCACCAUACAGAAACCUCAUCUGGAUUAAAAAUAAUUCUCUGUGGCAUCAGUCUGUCCCAGGCCAGGAUUGUCUAAAAGCACAUUUGUCUUCUCCAACAAAGCAAUCCAUAUGCUCACGUUGGCCCAGGGACCAUUUGUUAAACAAAGAGGUAGAAUGCAGGAAUCUGGCUGCACAUGCCUUUCUCCAUGUAUUUUCUUUUUCCUUGAGGAGGAUCUGUGAUGUGUUUUAUCCUACAUUAAAAAAGGAAAAUCUGGAAAUAACAGAACGUUUUGUUGGUUCACAACUCUGUAGGACUGGAGGAGCAUCUGCUGUGACAGGAGGUGAGCAUGGAGUGACCUACGUCAGAUGACUUCUAGCUCUUUGCAAAAAUGAAGACAAAUUUCCACUAUGAAUGUUUAUUUUCCUCUUCAUGAAUAAAGACCAUCUGAAAGCAGGAAAAAGCCUCCCACUGAUUUCGGUAGUGGCUUGUGAUCUCAGCUGUCUUCACCUAUCAAAACAAAACAGGAAUAGAAAUAUUUUUGCAUCAAAAAGUCAGGACAAAAUCACCUAUUAGAAGCCAUGAAUGCAACAGAAUCACUUCUGCUUCAGGGGAGAGCUGCAAAAUCAGGGCCCAGAGCCACAAUUCGUCAGUUUGAUCCUAAACCUUGAAUUUCAUUUUAAGAUGUUAAGGGGACGCCCAUAACUAGAACGAAAAAAAAAAAAAAUCUUCAAAUUCUCUUUACUUUGUUUCAGUUAAAGCUUUCAGAAACACGGGAACAAGAAUCGAUUUUCCUGGUCCAUUCCAGAAACCACACCAGGACAGCAAAAAGAGUGAGAAGUUCAUUGUAAGAGGAAAAUUAGUUCAGAAACCCAGAGCAACAAGCAAAACUCAUGUGAAUUGCUGUCAGUGGUGAAAAGUCUCUUUAACUUUGAAAAUAUGGAUCCCCAUCCUUUUCCAGAUUGUACAGACCAUAAUGCAGUGUUUGGCUGCUUCUAACUAUAAUGGUAGGGUGGGAUUUUCAAAGAUGAUCUAUGUUGGCUUCAUUUAAAUUCUCAUGAAGGCAAUGGAAAAUUUCAGGGGUCCACACAUGACUAAUGUGGAAAAUGUUUGAGAGUCUUUAUAUUUCCUCCUUUCCUGACAUUUUAUUUUGGCUGAACAAGCUUUGAGCUUGUUAUAUAUAUGUACUGAGCCAGGCCUAAGAAUCUUUUAUACCUUCUGGCUGGUUGAGGACUCCUGAAAGGAGUUAGGGCAUCCAAAGACUUUGCUGAUCUCACCUUUGGAGGCUGGAUCUGAAAAGCCUUGGUUCAACCACUAAUGAGGCUGAAGAUGAAAGUGGUUACAUUAACAGUGUAAUAUUCAAGACAUAUGAUUUUCUUUGCUUAAAGACCCUGAACUCAUUGCUGUCACUUAAUUUCGUCUCGUCCCAUUCAGGACACCAGGUUCAAUGUGGUUUUGGUGAAGAUCAGUUUGAGCUCUCACUGAUACCAACUCUGGUGAAUUCUGACUUUGAUUGGAGGUUAAGGAAUUCAGAGUAAACUGCUGUCACCAGUCCACAGUUUCCAGAUCUUCCAACACAACAUUUGUUUUUAUUGAUAACAUGUAGAAAAAUUUGUCUGAUGUCUGUCAAAGUAGUUUGGGUGUAAAUCAUAUCCAGAGUGUGACCAUCAUGUCAUCUCUCCCAGUACUUAUGCCCAGAACAGGCAGCUGCUCUAACUGCAUCACAGACCUAGCAGGCACUGUCAGCAAGGUGUAAAUGAGCCCAAACUCUCCCCAAGCUUGUAGAUAUUAAUUCAUUAAUAACCAAUAACAAAAAGUUAUAUGAGAGGGGAAAGACACUUGCAAAUUCUUCUUCACUCAUGAGCAGAAGUGAUCCAAGGUGGUGAGCCCAGGGUGCCAGGUGGGAAAUGCUACAGAGCAAAGCACAGCAUGGUGACCCUGCUGACCCAAAAAAUAUGGAUUGAGGGUGGUGAAUGGGCUGGGAGGUGCCUCUGUGGAGUCACACCUGGCUACCUGGGGCUCAGCAGCACCUCGAGACAGGGAGGACUUCAGAGAAGGCUGCAGAGAGGAGCAGGAAGAUGGAGUGCCAGGAUAACUGAAUCCAGUUCAAUGUGUCAUCUUGAUGCACUUGGCAAAUACAAGCAUUUCACUGCACAGAGAUUCUCUGCUCCCCCGAGAACACAAGGACGAGCACAUUUCAUUCCUUUCUUCUUGUGCUUACUUAAUAGUACUACUUACAAUUAUUUCUUAAGAAAUGCUUAAAACUUACAGUUCAACAAGCUGUUCUGAUUGAGUUUGUGAAGCAAAUGUAAUGGCCUCAGCACAAAUCAGGAUCUAACUCAUCACCAGUCAGGUCUUAGCCAGUUAGGAGAAAGAGUCACUUACUUGAUGUGAGCAACCAAAUUUUUCUCUCUUAAAAGUUGCUGUGUGCAAUAUUGCUGGAAUGUGGGGCUGGUGAAACCAAAAGAUGGGCACUAAAACAGUAUGUCUGACUUUUGGGUGGUAUGCCUUUUUUUCCAAGAUUAACAAAAUCUUCAGAAUUCAAAACAAUACAAUUUCAAACCAAGGCCAAUUCAGUUUUCAAGCAAAUACGUUCUUCAUAGUUUAAAAAUCAUGUAAACACUAUUAAUUUCCUAUUUACAGCACAUAAUUCUGUACUCUUUAGUUUAUCAUCUUUUAAACAUGUAAUUACUGUAUAUUGUAAUGCACAUUAAUAUCGUUUAUUGUACAUAGUUUAUUUUAACAAAAUAAAUGUAUUAUGAAGUAUUUUGACAGCA